GAAAAAAAAUACUUAUUUUGGCAGGAGCACAUCCCUGGAGAUUGUCUAAUCCAACAAGCUCUGUGUGGUCCAGCAUGAAUGCCCAACAAAGAGGGGCAGAGUGCAGGAACAGAACAGGUCCAGGAGAACUUGGAAGAGCAUGACUUCAGAUAAGGAGUUUGCAGAAAAUAGCAAUUUUUCGCCAAAAGCCAGCACCAGUAAGCUGCCGACAGAUGCAUCUCCCGACUCCAAAUGCCCCAUCUGCCUGGAUAGAUUUGACAACGUUGCCUAUCUAGAUCGCUGCUUGCAUAGGUUCUGCUUCCGCUGUGUCCAAGAAUGGUCAAAAAACAAAGCAGAGUGCCCGCUCUGCAAGCAGCCCUUUUUUUCCAUUUUCCAUACGAUUCGUGCUGAAGAUGACUUUAAGGAGUACAUCCUCAGCCCUUUAGAAACGAGCUCUUUUGCCAGCCCUGAUGGCCGGAGGUUUCGUUAUCGCACCACCUUAACCAGGGAGCGGCGCACGCGCAGCUCCCCUUCCCGAGGGAUGCUGUCCCCUCCAGAUAACGGGAUGUUGUUUGAAGGCUUGUCAGGCGAGCCAACGCGGCACAGGCACAGAGAGAUUCAGCAGAUGAUCAGGAGGCUGGCCUCGAGGAGAAAGGCGAGCGCAGAGGGCAGAUCUCUGCGGCAGAUCCAGGAGGAGGACAUGAUCAACUUCCGCAGGGCUCUGUACCGCACUGGCGUGCGCAUCCGCAGCAUUCAGGACGGCGGCCGGUACCGGGAGAUUUCGGCAGAGUUCUUCCGCCGCAAUCCUGCUUGCCUUCACCGCUUGGUCCCUUGGCUGAAGCGAGAGCUUACAGUCCUGUUUGGUGCCCACGGAUCUUUGAUCAACAUUGUGCAGCACAUCAUCAUGAGCAACGUCACUAGAUACGAUCUGGAAAGUCAGGCCUUUGCUGAUGAUAUAAAGCCGUUUUUGCUGAAUCGGACAGAGCACUUCCUGCACGAAUUCAUCAGUUUUGCUCGUUGUCCUUUUAACUUAGAAGCAUAUGAUCAGCAUGCCAAUUACGACUGUCCUGCACCAUCAUACGAGGAAGGAAGCCAUUCCGACUCCUCGAUUAUUACAAUAUCUCCAGACGUGGCGUUCCCACAAGGGCCAGAUAAUAGCUUGUCUGUGCCUGGUCUUGCUCAGGCGCCCUGGGAUGACGAAACUCCUGGGCCUUCCUAUUCCAUUUCAGAAGAGGUUCGUGCAACCAUAGCUUCUCCUCUGGAGUCGUCAGAAAGUUCUGAUGAGGACUCUGCUACAGGGAGUCAAAGAGCCAAACUGCAGACUGAGAUACAGGCUAAUGCUGACUCAAACGACAGUGGCUCUUCCUCAGACAACUGUGUCAUUGUUGGGUAUGUGAAGCCGUUAGCUGAGAGGACACCAGAAGUGGUGGAGCUGUCCUCUGACUCCGAGGAUUCCAUCAAGGAAGAGAAAAAGGAAGAUGUCAAGAAGCAGCGACCGGUCGAGUGUCACAGCUGGAGUGACAGUGAACCAAGCAGGAGCUUCUCACCACAUUCCCCAACAUAUAGGGAGGAUGUAGGAAUUUGUAGAAGCUGUUUAUCUCCUGCAGUUGAGAAGACUGAAUCAAAAGAGGAUGAGAAGAACAAAUGUAAAAGAAAAGAUCUGCCUCCACCGGACUUGAGUUGGAGCCCGUCUCCAGGGAGUGACACGGUAUGCUCCCCUUGGAAUCACAGAUUGUCUAAAAAGGGAAAGUCCAGGAGCCCACAGUCCUGUUCACGGGACAGUCGAGGCAGUCAUGGCCAUCGGUCUAGAAGAGAGCACCACAGCAAAAGCCAGCUUAAAAGGAGGCGAUCAAGAAGCAGAGAUAGUAGCAAACAUAGAAGCAAAAGAAGCAGCAGAAGGUCAAGGGCUCAUGACAGCAGAGCCUCUCUGAAAAGCCAGAGGGGCUCUCUAAGUGGUGAGAGCACUCCAUCCAGAGAAGUGAGUAGAUCACGUUCACGUAGCAAAGGCCACAGUAAAAGGAGAUCAAGAAGUAGAGAUAGCGAUCGCUAUUAUGUAAGAGACAGUUAUCAAAGUAGACACCAGUGGGGUUCUGCUUUCUGUAGUCGAAAGGUGUUUGGAGACAGCUAUGAAUCUUCCAGCAGAAGGAGGACCCGGUCUAACACUCUUUACUCAAGGCAGUCUGCUAGUCCAGAGUACAGGAUACGAUCAUUUAUUGAGAGGACAGAUCUGCAUAGCCAGAGGGGACUCCAUGAGAGACACUAUUACUGUUAUGAGAGAUGCAGGUCAAGGAGUCGGUCAAGCAACAGAUCAAGAACUCCUUCUGGAGGAACUGACCGAAUGAAAAGCGAAAAGCCUGGUGGAAAAAGGAAGUACAAAACUCGCCACCUGGAGAGUGCAUUCAUGGAGAGCACAAGUCUAGAAAGAGAAAAUGACUCCAAGAAAACUUCCUCAAAGUUUAGUGACCUCUGUAAAAAUGAAGAUAGCCUGUCAGACAAUCGUGCAAGCAGUGAGACAAAGCAUAAGAAAAGGAAGAAGAAAAUGAGGAGUCCAAGUGUAGAGAUAGUCUAUGAAGGAAAAGCAACAGACACAACGAGGCAUCUUAAAAAGAAAAAGAAAAAGCAUAAGAAGAAACACCGGAAACAUCACACGAGUAACUCUGUACAUUCUUCUCCAGUGGUGAUUACUAUUGAUAGUGAUAGUAGCAAGGAGCCAGAAAGUACUGAAUGGGACAGCAGUAUUACAUGGGCAGGGGCAACUCAGAUAAAUGAGAGGGAAGAUGAGUCUCCAUCUGCAUUUCUGAGCAGGACAGCAUGUGAGGAAACUGGAGGAGCAGACAAGAAGUGUGGUAUCCCUACUGCAAGGGAAGACUUAGAUGGUGGUGUUAGAAAUGCUGAUGUCAAACUUCAAGAAACAGUAGAUCAGAGUGUUACCACAGCGAAUGACAGCAGUAACACCUCUCAUGCAGAAACUGUAGCCAGUUAUGUUCAGGAAGCACCAGCAGCGCCUUCCAGUCAACUGCCUUCCCCCAGGACUUCCUUCUUAGAGUGUCCAGAGAGAGAGCCAUUGAUACUAAGACUGCCAAAGAGACUUGUCAGCAGAUCCUCGUGGUUUGAUUUCCCUGAAGAAAAAAUGUAAUAGGCUUUCCUUGGAACUCUUGUUAAAACUGUGAAAUUUUUUUUUUGGCUCCUUGUUUUUUUCCCUUGAGAACUAAAAUGCCUGAUAGGGUGUCUCUCUGUUGAAAAGAUGUCUAGGAAAUGUAUAAAACUU